GGACUUGCGUCUCUACUUUCGGUUGAUCGAUACCGAAGGUUGGAUAUGCGGGGGUUUAAUUUUAUCGAAGCCAUCCGGGGUGGGAGACAUGCAUUGCAGUCUGUUGGGCACGGAGAUCCCCGACCGAAAUGACGGAAACAAGUCCAGAAGUGUUAAUCCCGCGGUGAUGCUUUUUGGUGACUUGAUGCGCGAGGACCCGUGAACCCAGGUGAUUAUAGUGAAGCUCCCAUCGAACGGAUACAUUCGGUGACUGCAAGAGGACGGGUGAUCAAGGGAUGCUCGGCGUGUUCACGAACCAUCUGUGAUUUCGGGACUGUGGUGGAACAACUGUUUGAAGUCGGACAGUCCUGGAUGCUGUGCACUCUGGGGUACGGACUCUUUGAGUACACCGUCGAGUGUAAAUACAUUCCUCCGCAUCCUCUACUUUGAUAGUUGAGUCAGCACCCAAAGCAAUCCAUUUUCAAAGAAACAAGUCGAUAAGGUCCCAACGGUUUUAAAGUUGACCGUUUCGGUAAUCUGACGGUGGUUUUAUGGUGCUUCGGAAGCCUUAAGCUUCGUUGACCGCAGAUGUUUCGCGGACAGACAGUAUUGAGACAGUAUUCCGGGAAGGUAGCAGCCGCUAUUUGCUUUCCGCGGACGAACUAGUUUGAGUGUCCUUGUCCGAAUAGUCAAUUUAUUGCUGGAUCACAUUUGAAAGUUCGGAAUUUCAUUACACAGCAGCGGGUCACACACGAAUGGAUUUUGUCGAGUUUCGAAACACUCAAGUUGUCCGGCAAGUUGUGGCGUACUCUUUUCAGGACGAGUCAGCGGUGCAAAAGUGCGAGUCUUGAAUUCCACCAAACUCUGCUGUUUCGGUUCCGUCAGGAAUGAGGACAAAGCAGCUCUUCAACUCCCAGAGAUAAUUCUUCGACAGAGCAUUGGCUUCCAAAGAAGGACCCACUUUAUGCACGAUAAACUUCAGUGCUGGCAUUACAAAAUCGAACCACGCUUCCGGAACAAUCGCUCACUCGUCUCGGGCGAAAUUGAAACCUACUCUCCCGAAAGUUACAAAGCUUUACAGGCGUAGAUGCUGUUCCAGGAAUCAGUUUUGAAACUUUAAUUUCCGUGUACUCAAAAGCUACAAACUGCUAGAAGUCUACUGAGAAACUUCACCUCAACGUAUCGAUUUUGUUUGACUAGUCUCAUCAAGAGGCACACGUCUUAUAGUUCGCAUUCAACUUCGACUUAAGCCGGGAUUAACUGCAGACAAAUACUGACUUGCGAGAAACCCGGAUGACAACACAUUUAUUUUAUUAGAUUAUAUCGGUUUGCACCAUACGGAGUACCGACGCAUGUCUGCACGAACAGAGUAUGCAGACCCAUCGAGAGGCUUAUGUAUUGGAGUCCAUUGGAAAACUUCGUCUUCAAAUUACAUCCCUUCUGAGAACACUCGAUUCAGUGCAUUGACUUUGUUAGGCUAGUUUGGUGUGCACCAUACAGUGUACAUACCGAGUGUGCGGACCCAUCGGAAGGCUUGUAGGAGUCGAUGGACAAUUUCGACCACAGCCAGGGUUAACUCCAGGCUACUUCUUUCUUUUGAGGAGGAAUUUAUGGCGGCCCAUCCGUUUUGCUAGACUAGUUCGGUGUGCGCUAAUACGGACCGAGUCUGCAGGCUCAUCGAGAGGAAGCACACGUCCCGGAGGAAGGACACCUUCGACUUCAGCCGGUGUUAUCUACAGGCUACUACUCAACUCUCAGAAGCCCAUAUGACAACGCAUCGGUCAUCUUAGACUACAGUUCGGUGGACACUAUACAGCAUACAGACGCACGUCUGCGCAGACCGAGUCAGCAGCCCCAUAGAUAGGCACAUGUCUUGGAGAGGACCGUGGACAGCUUCGAACUUCAGACGGGGAACAUACAGACUACUACCGUCGUCUACGAUCUAUGGCAACGCAUCCGUUUUGUUAGACUAGUUUGGUGUACAGACCAAAGUCUCUGCAGACCCAUUGGAAGGACAUACACGUCUUAAAGAAGUCCAUGGACAACUUCGACUUCAGCCGGGGCUUCCUGCAGCACUUGGAGAGCCUGGGCGGCGCCCGGCUGCUCCAGGGGUCCCCGGACCAGGAGAACGAGUGCCGGCCGCGACGCUCCCGCAAGCGGGGCCACCGGUGCGUCCAGCAGCAGGCCCACCAGCGGCAGGCGGCCAAUAUGCGCGAGCGCCGUCGCAUGCAGUCCAUCAACGACGCCUUCGACGGGCUCAGGGCGCACAUUCCGACGCUGCCGUACGAGAAGAGGCUCUCGAAGGUGGACACGCUUCGCUUGGCUAUCGGCUACAUCGGUUUCCUCACCGAGCUCGUCGACUCCGGUCGGCACCCCGGGGACUCGCUCCAGACGCAGGUGCAGGAGGAACAGGUCAAGAAGGUCAUCGUGCAGUGCAAUAAGGGUGUCCUGAGCGGCUCGUACCUCCCUCUGGCCGGACACUCCCUGUCCUGGUCGUCGGAGAAGCAGGGGCCCACGGGCAACGUCAUGGUCGCCAAAAUCUGGACUCCCGAGGACCCGCGCAAGGUGCAGCAGAAGAACAGGGACGACAACGAACCUUGAGAGGCGCCAUUGUCGGUUCCUUCCUUCGAGAGAGAGGGAGACGAACCCGAGCUGCUGUUGGCACAGCGUCUGCAGAAUCUAGUCAAAGAACGAGUGGCAGAGUGAAGAACGUUGCGGCUUUGUACCGGCUUCAAUGACAUCACAGAGCAAUCAUGUCGUAGCCUAGAUCACGGCGGCGUCAACUUGAGGGGUUGGAGACCGCUGACGAGUGGCAAUACGUAAAGUGGGUGGGAUCUGGUGAGACUUGCAGGCAGCAAAACACCAGACAACGUAUACCGGAUAAAAUGAUUUCAGAGAGCAGCUUACGACAAGCUCACAUGCCACCCGUGUGCAGUUGUCGAGUUUUGAUGCUGGCGUAAACAUAAUACUUCUCUGAAUCUUGGACACACAAAAUACACACAAAGAAGGGUUUUAUUAAAAUCGAUGUACAAAGAAAAGAGCAGAAUGGAUACAAGAUUCAUACCUAAAGAGCAGGCGCAGUGCCGUUCGUUUUUAAAGUUGCGACACAAAAAUAAUAUAAAGGACUGAAACUAAGGCUGAAACUUUUUUUUUUUUUUUAGCAUGAUUGUUUCCAAAGUCCGGAGCCACAUUUUUGUUCCUGCAUGACGACAAGAUAUCUAGUAUACUUACAAACCAUUUUGAAGUUCGGAAAAAUGCACUUUCGUAGAUAUGAAAAACAAAAACAAAAAAUGUCAUAGAUAGUUUCUUUAUGCACUGUAACACUUGUACAGCAACAAUAGAAAGCAAAAAGAAUCUGAAGACAACAAAGCGGUGCUGCUCUGAAGACAGAUACAAAUAAUCCCAAACACUAAGACUAUUUAAUGUCACCAAUCGACACGUUUACCGUGAAAGGCCGGCAACGCGUGCAAAUGCUAGCUUAAUUUUCACGCAACAGUACCUCAUCAGCGACGUGCCUGUAGGUCUUGUGAUCGUGUCUCUCUGUAGUACGCUUCUGAGGCCCAGUGCUGUUUCGUGAAACCGAGAGUCAACUCUAGAGAGUAGAAUCAGUGAGUCUCUACAUUCCUUCGACGUGAUAGAUGUGUAGUGAUAUGGUGCCUGGAACGCGCUUCCGACUGGUGUGUUUACCUCGCCCCCAAAAAGUGGUCCCUCGAUUUCCGCCUGGUGACGUCAUAGAUGCGUCAUGCUGUCGCCGGCCGCGAUCCUGGCGGCGUCCCAGCAGCGGUGUUGCGUGUGGCAGACGCCUGUUUUGCUGCAGGUCGCCUCCCAGCCUGACAGUCCCCCGACGCUUCGGCAGCCAAAAGUUGGGACGCUGCGACGACAGCGACACUCGCGUUCACUGGUGUCUUUCGCCAGCAUUUCUUCGACCAACCAGAAUCGCGACAUCCGUCAUCCGACAGCAUGACGCUCAGGCUUUUGUGACGUCAUGUGUUGUUACUUCGCAGCCACUCUUGAGAUAUGGGCAGGACGCUAAACACACCGUUCUAGGCACCAUAGUGUAGCCUUUUCUGUGUCAUGAUGCUCGUGUAAUAUUGAAUGAAGGUUGUGUGUGCUAGGCUGUAAGUUCGAGAAAUCUUUUUUUAUUUUCUUCAGUUGAGUAGCUUUCUUGAUGGUGCAUUCAUUGUCCCAGUUCAUUAGACCUUUGGGAUGUCAUGUAUAUUGUGAUGUAUUUAAAUGUGUGGCAAGAACUUGAGCUAGAACUUUAUUACAACAGUUUGGUUCCGCGGACACUGGACAAAAGGCUUGCAAUUGGAAGCUUGACGGGGUGCAGUGUUUCUGCUUGGCUCACUUCAAAGUGCAGUUGUUUUCAGACAUCAGUUUAAAAAAAAUCGAAUGCCCAUGUUCUGCUUUUGAACAGCAUUUUCGCCCUUUCUGGUUGUUUGCAAAAUUUUCAAGCUAGUAGAACAUAAACUUCUUUUUGACGCUCUUUAUUUCGAACAACGGAUGUCUGGUCUAUUCAAAACGUGCAAAACAUGUAUUUAUUAAACCUGGCGUUCUUAAGGAUCUUAUAUUUCAAACCCGAGUUUUAAUUUAUCGGCAAUUAAAGCUUUUUGUAGUCAU